AUGAAUAACACCGAGAUCCAAUCCAACGCCGACAUGGGUGGUCAAUCCGAGGCGGUCGAACCGCUCCUGGGUACCCCCGGGGGUAAACAACGACAGCAGCAAGAAAAGAUACAUCAGGCCUCCACGCUCCUCCCUUUCAAGGCCCGUCUCUUCCUCCUUCUCGUUUCUCUCGUUGUUUGUAUUUUCACCUUGCAAAACGCAAUACACGACCUCGAAGCUCUCGGGAAGAUCAGCAACAUGCUUGCGUCCGUUGACGAGCUGCUCGCUCUUGUUUUGACACUUCUCUGGGUUCAGCAGAGUUGUGCUGCGCCUUCUUGUUCAAACGGAGGAGGCAAAAAAUUCCCUUCACUUCUCAACGCGGAGAUUCCGGAUUUGAUCAAGGGGUUGGAUUCGGGUCUAUUUACUACGGUUGACUUGGUGAACGCUUACAUCGCACGGAUCAACGAGGUUAAUUCGACACUCAAGGCGGUCACACAGAUUAAUCCCGAUGCCUUGUCCAUUGCGGCAGACCUGGACGCUGCUCGGGCGGCGGGCGACAAAAAGGGACCUCUUCACGGUAUCCCGAUUCUAUUGAAGGAUAGUAUUGGGACUUUUGACAAGAUGGAAAAUACCGCCGGGUCAUACGCCCUUGUUGGAGCAAAAGUGCCAGAGGACAGCACCGUGGUGGCCAAACUCCGGAAAGCAGGUGCGGUGAUACUGGGGAAAGCCAACAUGUCCCAAUGGGCCAACUUUAGAAGUUUCAACUCGAGCAAUGGGUGGUCUUCGACCGGUGGGCAAACAGAAGGGGCUUAUUUCCCAAAACAAGAUCCCGUCGGUUCCUCCUCCGGCAGCGGUGUGGCCAUUUCCAUUGGUUUGGCAGCUGCCUCCCUGGGGACUGAAACCCAUGGUUCAAUCAUCGCCCCGGCCCAGAUGAACAACCUUGUUGGCAUCAAGCCGACUGUAGGCCUGACCUCCCGCCACCUUGUCGUGCCUAUCAGUGAACGCCAGGACACCAUAGGGCCCAUGGCCAGGACGGUCAAGGACGCCGCAUACCUCCUCGCUGCCAUAGCCGGAAAAGACUCAAAAGACAAUUACACGAGUUCUAUUCCCUUCGAAACGCUCCCUGAUUACGUCUCCGCCUGCCAACUCGGCUCCUUGUCAGGUAAACGAAUCGGCAUUCCAAGAAAUCUGAUCCCAAGCCCUCUGCCGCAAUCAUUCCAAUACAUUGUCUCGAGUUUCAACACCGCCCUUGGCGUCCUGAGAGAAGCCAACGCAACGAUAAUCGACGACCUGUACUUGCCCGGUCAGGUCCUGAUGAACCUCGGCCCAUAUCAAAUGCAUGUCGUAAACGCCGAAUUCAUCUCCGCACUCCCAAGAUACUUUGCCUCGUUGACCAGCAAUCCAGCCAAUCUCACCGACCUUCAAUCUCUGAUAAACUGGACAAAAUCUCACGGACACCUGGAGCACUAUCCCGACCGAGAUGUCGCUCGCUGGGAGGGUGUUUUGACCAAUACCGGCCACGGAAACGACUCGCCUUACUUCUGGGGUAAUUACUCUGCCCAGAUCUAUGCCGCUGGCCCGCAGGGAAUUUUGGGAGCGCUCAAAAACCAUUCGUUGGACGCCUUGGUUAUCCCGACCUGGUGGUCCGCUACCAUGCCGGCGAUGCUGGGAACUCCAGUUGUGACGGUGCCGAUGGGGAAACUGCCGAAUGAUGGAAGUGUGGUUGAGGAAAAGGACCAACGUGGAGAUUUGGUGCGUUGGGCAGGGAAUUUGCCCUUUGGUAUCAGUUUUGUUGGUGAGGGUUUCAGCGAGGAGAAACUGAUUGGGCUGGCGUAUGAUUUUGAGCAAAAGACGAAGGUGAGGGAGACGGUGAAGCCGUAUGUCAAGCCCAAGACGGAGUUGAGAGAUGUGGUUGCAGAAAGGGUGCAAAAACAAAUUGCCAAAAUCGCUGGGAAGUGGAGUAAAGAUGCUGCCGAUGGGGUGUUUUGA